UGCUAAUUGAGGAACUAGCACUUGUCUGAGCCCUAAAGGAUUAACAUGUGUUGUAUCUUUCCUCAGAGCAGCAGAUCACACAAGUGCAUGCUCCAGUUAGUCACAGAAUGUCCCUCAACUCCCUGGUGCUGGGGAGACCAGUGGCCUUCUAAAGGAACCAUGGACUCCCACUGAGAUCCUUGAUACCGUCCUGAGACACAGAGACCUGGCCUCAGUUCGUCUUUCAGAGCCCAGCUCCCUUGCCCACACUUUCUGACCCAUCAUUCCCCUUUGAGAAGAGAUGUCAGUGUGGUGUGGUUUGACUCAUAGCUGCAACUAGGAAAUGGACAUGCAGUGUGAAAUGUAGAAAUGCAAUGGAAGUUGAUAUGAUCAGACUGAGGACUAUAAAAACUGCCACAGCUAUCCUCUUUUCUCUUCCAUGAUUGUCAAUGCUGAAUGCCUCUGCAAUUGUGUAUAUGGCUAAUAUGCCGACAACUGAAUUGUGACAUUUGUUGAAGAUCUCCAGACUAUGACCUCUCUAGUCAGCACUUCUCACCUCCAGCUAGCUGCUUUUGCUUUUGGUACAAUAGGCUGGAUCUUAUGCACUAUUUCAAUGGGACUCGUGGAAUGGAGAAUAUGGCACGUGGACAACACCACCAUCAUCUCCUCUGGCAUCGCAUGGGUGGGCAUAUGGAAAGUUUGCUUCAUCAGUUACCUCCAUGUCUCCUCUGAACUUAAAGAACAGGUCUGUCAUAAAAUGAAUGAUUAUGAGACCUCCAUCCCCCGUGAAAUUUUUGUUGCUCAGGGCCUCCUGCUGGUUGCCAUGGUCGUCGGUGCACUGGGGAUGGCUUCCACUAUAUUUGCUCUGAGGAGUAUAUACAUGGGAAUACUUUACAAAACACAGAUCAUCCGUUUUUUCCUAGCAGCUGGAUUCUUGUACCUCACUGCAAGUGUUUGUGUCUUAAUUCCAGUGAGUUGGAAUUUCUAUUCUGUAGUGCACAACCAAACUAUCUCCUUUCCCCCUUCUUUCUAUAUGCCCUCCAGCCCAGUGGCUCAGGAAGUUGGUGGGGCUAUUCCUGUGGGGAUCAUAUCUGUCAUCCUGCUCAUGAUGAGUGCGACUUUUUCUCUUUCUUACAGGUUUCCUGUCACCCCAAAUGAUGGGGUGUAAUCCUGAUUACAGGGACUUGAACUUCCCAGAGACAAGUGGAGCACAGUUAAAAUAUAAAUAUAAUGGCCUAGGAACCACAAGUUAAGGCCUUCUCUGGAUCUUAUUCUAACUUACAAGGGCACUAAUAUUUGGACAGUUAAAUAAGAUGAAUACCAGUAAAGUCCAUGGUUUGUACAUUUGCAUAUAAAACAAUUAGUCUAUUAAUUGUCACACAUUAUCAAGGACCCACCAAUAAGAUGAAUGGUUGAUUUGUUCUGCAACUACUGGUUUUGAGUAUGUGUUAUUAUCAGUAUGUAUGGAUCUUUGUAUUAAAGCAGAGGUCUCAAACUUGUGGCCUGAAGGCCAUCCUGCAAUCUGGCCUGGGAGGGGCCUGUCUAUUCCCAUCAUCCAAGCCCCACCUAUGCCCACCAUCACCCUUCCCUCACCCCUCAUGAUACCCCAUCCCCUGAGGAUGCAGCUUUGGGGAGCACCAGGGGA